AUGACUGUAGAGAAAUCCAUUGCUGGCGCGAAGGCUCCUGCUCUUGCCCAACCUACCACCAAUAUAGUCAAGAUGAGCGAGCACGAUUUACAGAAGACACAAGAUCAAUAUGAUGUGGAACGGAAGAAACGCCUACGCCCUGAUGGACCAACUCAAUAUGUGGGCUUGACCGAUGAACCCACGAGCAAUCUCCAUUCGAAUGGAAAUGUCGCGAUGGACAACAAUCUGCUCCAGCAGAAGGUCCGAGUGCUCAUUGUGGGUGCUGGAUUUGGCGGACUGCUGUUUGCAGUGCGACUGCUCCAGUCGGGAUUUCUCCGCGCGACUGAGAUCCUCUUCGUGGAUACAGCAGGUGGUUUUGGGGGAACAUGGUGGUGGAACAAAUAUCCCGGCUUGGCCUGUGAUGUCGAAAGUUAUACUUAUAUGCCUUUGCUGGAGGAAACAAAGUACAUGCCGUCACAGAAAUAUGUCACCGGACCUGAGUUGAGAGAACACGCAAAUCGCAUUGCCGAUCAAUGGAAUCUCAGUGAACGGGCUUUAUUCCAGACCACGGUUAACAACUUGGCUUGGAAGAACCAGGAUUGUCAAUGGACAGUCCAUAUUACACCACAUGGCCAGUCACCCACUGCAAUACAAUCUGAUUUUGUUAUCUUAGCUACCGGGUUGCUGAAUUCCCCGAAAAUUCCAAAAUUAGACGGACUUGACACCUACAAGGGGAGGGUUUUCCACACCUCGCGCUGGGACUAUGAUUAUACUGGAGGAACACCAAACAGCCCAAAUAUGCAGGGACUACAGGACAAGACAAUUGGAUUUGUCGGAACAGGCGCAUCUGCCAUCCAAGCAAUCCCACACCUCGCGCAGUGGGCAAAGAAAGUUGUUGUGUUUCAACGCACACCGUCUUCUGUCGACUGGCGUAACAACCACUCCACUGAUCGCACCUGGUGGGCGAAAAUGGUCCAAGAAGGCGGCACUGGGUGGCAACGAGACCGCAUGGAGAAUUUCAACGCCUUCCCCUCGAACGAGAAUCCUCUCCCAGAUAUAAACCUUGUCGAUGAUGGUUGGACCAAGAUGCAGUCAUUCAGUGUACUCAUCGGGAGUCCCUCUGGCCUUGACCCAAACCAUCUGACACGGAUGCACCAAUUGGACCUACAUCGCCAAGAAGCGAUCCGCCGUCGCGUGGAAACCACAGUGACCGACCAAGCGACUGCUCGAGUUUUGAAGCCGUGGUAUCCCGGGUGGUGCAAACGGCCAUGCUUCAGUGACAACUUUCUCCCAGUGUUCAACCGGCCCAAUGUUUCCCUAGUGGACACUGAUGGAAAAGGUAUCCGGACCGUGACAGAUCGAGGGAUCUUGGCAGAUAGCCAAGAGUAUGAUUUGGAUGCCAUCAUUUUUGGGACCGGCUAUAGUCUUGGAGGUAGUGCUGAUCGCGGGGACCUGACUGUCACCGGGCGUGACAACCAGGUCCUCCAGGGGAAAUGGCAGAAGGGGCUGAACUCACUCCAUGGAGUAAUGACCAACGGAUUUCCCAACUUAUUCUUUCCUGGUCCGUAUCAAACAGGAGCUUCAGCAAACCAGGUCUAUGUUCUCGAUCAGCUUGCCGUUCAUGUCGCCCACAUCAUCUCGGAAGCCGGCAAACUAACCUCGGAACGAAACCCAAAUGUCACCGUUGCCCGUUUUACCGUUGAGCCUAGCUCUGAAUCGGAAAGCGAAUGGACUUCCAAGGUUUUGAUGAGGGCGCGAGCACUAGGAGGUGUUCUGAAUUGCACUCCAGGGUACUUCAAUCGGGAGGGGCUCCAAUUUAAUGAGGGUGAAGCCUUUCUGGCGGCACAUUUCAGUAUCUGGGGGGAGGGGAUUAAGAGUUAUGUGAAAGAGAUUGAGGAUUGGCGACAGACAGGCGGGUUGGCCGGACUUGAUAUUCAGUUCCGACAUGACGCGUAG